AGCAACGCUAAAAUUUAAAUUAUUUUAAUUAAAAAUGUAUAAGUAAAAGAAGAAAUUAUGGCUAAAGGAUUUAAUCAAUUGACAGCACCCGAAAAUACAAACACAGAAAUUCUGUUGCCCUCGUACACAUUUUCCAGCGAUGAAUCUAAUGAUAUUAUAACUUCUGAUGAACGCAGCAGCAGUGGUCGUGGAUCACGUAAUCACAAACGUAGUUGCAGUAGUAUAGAUGAUAGCGAAGAUGGCACCAAUUUUGACAAAUUAGUUGAUGCUAUAAAUCGACCAUUUAGCAUACCACCGUUUGUGCCUCCUAUGCCACCACCUUCUGACAAAGCAGCUUUGUAUGGUAAUCUUGUUGUUGCUCAAUUACGAGAAAUCAAUCCUCAGGCUAUGGACGACAUAAUGCUGCAAGUAAUGCAAUUGCUUAAUAAUGCAAAAAAAAAAUCCUAA